UUCAGUUGCUAUCAUGCUCUUUAUCGAAAUCAAGAAUGGUUUUUUUUUUUCUUAUUUGGGGAGAAAACUCCAAACCCUUGUCCAGGGCAUUACAGUGUUGUAUGAUCCAUGUAGCCGACUCUACCUAGUGGGGAAAGGAGUUCAAGCCCAGACAAAGCAUGCCGUACGGUCUCUAAGACUCAGGAACAGAAGUUGCACACCUAAUGGCGUUCCGCUGGAGUACAAGCUCAGGCAAAGAUGUAAAAAAAGGUAAGUCGUAAGGCCUCUGAGACUCAAACAAGUAAGUACAAGCCCAGACAAGAAGGAAGAAGAAAAUGGAGUCCGCCUUGAAGGGGGAGUAUGAGAGAAUUACAAGUAUGACUAAAAGAAGUCUCACAUUGAGUAGAUUAACAAGUGUACAAUAGUAUAUAAGUAAAAGGGCAUAGUCUGUGACAAUGGCACGAAUGUUAUUUUCAAAUUUAGUGGCUAAUUUCAUAAUUAUUAAUGAUUUAACUCAGGAUUACUUACAGAUUAAUUAAUGUUUAAUUAAUGCGUAAUUAAUGUUUAAUUAAUGCCUAAUUAAUGAUUAAUUCACAUUGACAGUUACUAUCUCAUUCUGCUCAUCAAUUUGAGAGCUUUUGUUUGUCUCUAUUCAUUUGGGUUUUAAACAAAGGAAACUUCCCCCUUCUCUCUGACAAUGGCAUAAUGUUAAUUUGCAAAUUUUAGUGUCUAUUUUCAUUUGUAUUUGUGCUGAAUUUAGGGCAAGUGACAGCCAGUUUCAUCUAUUUGAGAGCUUCUGUUUGUCUCUCUCUGCAUUUGGGUUUCAUAUCUGGAAUUAAAAAAAGUACCUCCUCUCAGUGCUAGAUAGUCUCUUCCAACUGAAGCGCUAUCUUCCUUAUAUUUUUGCUACUCAGAGGGAGCUACAUUUCUGCUUUUCAAGAAAAAUGACAAUGUUUUUUCUGCGAGGAUACUUGCAUGCACAGCUGAUUCGAAUGUUUGAUGAGGGGGUAGUUAAUGAUCAGUUUAGUGCAAUCACGUGUCCAAGAAACAACAGGGGUCGAGCUCGAGAUCACGCUGUACAGCUGAUAGAAAGUUAUUUGGCUGAUGUUGAUGUGAUCCUGUCUGAACUUUCUCGCCAUGUUGAUAAUUCACAUGUUGACUUCUAUAUGUUGGGUUCCCUAGCUCGUGAAGUACAUGAUAAGAGCACAAGCAUUGGUGCAGAUCAUAUGAGGCUUGCAUGUUUUGAUGUCAUUGCAGCUUGUGAUGAGAGGUGCAAAAGCAGUUUUUCUCACAACCUGACCCUACUGAAAAAUGAGUUCGGUUAUACUAAGAGGCAGUUGAGCAAUUUUGUUCAGUUGGAGAGGGAUAUUAUCAGACUUGAGGAGAGUUCUCAACCACCAAACUAGAGUCUCUGUGCUGUUGACUCCUCCUGUUGCUUGCUAAUGUGUUUGUUUCGAACUUCUGAGUUGUUGCUGAACAUGUAUCUCAUUCACCUUUAAAAAGGAUGUUCUCUUAAAAACAUCAUCAGCUUGCCCUUUUUAGUUUCUGUUUUUCCCUUGUAUGCGCUUUUGCCAACUUGAAGAUUUUAUAAUAGUUCUCCUUUGGUCGACACUAUUGAUAAUUUGCUUGAGGUUCGUCUA